AUGGACCCGAACGCUUCUUCUAUUACCGUCGCAGUUCGAGUGCGGCCGUUCACCAUAAGAGAAGCGGCCCAACUGGUUUUCGACCCGCCCGAGGACAACCCGGUCCAAAAGUUCACCCGAUCCGUUGUUCCGGCCGCUGGCAAGAAAGUCAAGGACCAAGUUUUCGCAUUCGACCGCAUCUUCGACCAAACAGCGACGCAGAGCGAUGUGUACGAGGCGACGACCAAGAAUCUGCUGGAUAGCAUCCUCGACGGUUACAAUGCCACGGUGUUUGCCUACGGCGCGACGGGGUGCGGCAAGACACACACGAUCACGGGUACCUCCCAGCACCCUGGUAUAAUCUUCCUGACGAUGCAGGAGUUGUUCGAGAAAAUCAACGAGCGCAGCGAUGAGAAGGUCACUGAGGUGUCGCUGUCAUAUCUGGAGAUCUACAACGAGACGAUCCGCGACUUGUUGGUGCCCGGGGGUAGUAAGCAGGGCCUGAUGCUGCGGGAGGACUCGAACCAGGCGGUGACGGUGGCCGGGCUGACGAGCCACCACCCGAAGGACGUCCAGGAGGUCAUGGACAUGAUUGUACAGGGCAACGAGUACCGGACGGUGUCGCCGACGGCGGCCAACGCAGUGUCGUCGCGGUCGCACGCGGUGCUGCAAAUCAACAUCGCGCAGAAGGACCGCAACGCGGACGUCAACGAGCCGCACACGAUGGCGACGCUGAGCAUUAUCGAUUUGGCGGGCAGCGAGCGGGCCAGCGCGACCAAGAACCGAGGCGAGCGGCUACUAGAAGGGGCCAACAUCAACAAGUCGCUGCUGGCGCUGGGCAGCUGCAUCAACGCGCUGUGCGAUCCUAGGAAGAGGAACCACGUUCCGUACCGCAACAGCAAGCUGACGCGACUGCUCAAGUUCUCGCUGGGCGGCAACUGCAAGACGGUCAUGAUUGUGUGCGUGAGCCCGUCGAGCGAGCAUUUUGACGAGACGCAGAACACGCUCCGGUAUGCGAACCGGGCCAAGAACAUCCAGACGAAAGUCACGCGCAAUGUGUUCAACGUCAACCGCCACGUCAAGGAUUUCCUCGUCAAGAUCGACGAGCAGAUGGCGCUCAUCAAGGAGCUCAAGGCGCAACAGAAGGACGCCGAGAAGACCGCGUUUGCUAAGUUCCGCAAGCAGAUGGACAAGCGCGACGCGGUGGUGCGCGAGGGCAUCGUGCGACUGCGGGCCGCGUACGAGAAUGCGUCGGCCGAGCGACUGGAGAAGACGAACAUGAUGAAGAAGCGUAAGGCCAUUGAGCGGCGCAUUGGACUGCUGUCGGCGUGGAUUGCGGCCUUCGACUCGGUGUGUGAUGCCCGGGGUGAUGAAGACGCCGUGCCCGCGAACCUGGUGGCCAUGCGCAAGACGGCUCACGGCAUCCUUAUGGAACUCGAGAGCAGCCGGCACCACAUCCACCAGCGGCUUGAGAAAUUUAACUGGGAGCGCCACCUCGAUACAGCGUUGAACCACAGCCUCUCGAUGCUGCAGCCGGCGGGUGAGGAGCCCGUUGACGGCUCGGAGCGAGACACGCUGGCGCGCGAGGUGGAGAUGCUCAAGGCCAGCUUCAUGCGCGACGCAUACCGCGAGGUGCUGGAGCAGGACAAGGCCGGUGACGCGGCGGUUGUCCAAGUGCUCCUGGGCGCGCAGUUCGAGAUGCUGUCGUCCAUGUCCGAGACACUGAACAUGAGCGAGCAGGAGGCCGUGGCCCAUGCCAAGACCAUGAUCAGCCGGCUGCUCGAGACGGGCUACUCGGCCGCCUCGCACGUCGUCAAGCCUGACGGAUCCAUGAUGCCCGUGGAGCUGUUCCCGCCGACGAAGCGGGGCACGCCCAAGCGGAAGAAGUCGGUGGGCACGACCCCGAAGAAGCCCAUCCCGCAACCCGCUUUCUUGGCCGCAGUGCAAGAACAAGCCGCGGCGUCCCCUGUAAAGGCGUCACCUAGGCGGCGAAGGACGGCUAACGGCCGCAAGGUCAUCUCGUUUACCCCCGUCAAGAAGAAGGGCGGCGUGCGAUGGCGCGAUGACGAGAGCGAGCAGGGCACGCUGGCCGACUUUGAGAAGACGCCCAAGAAGUUCCCCUCGCCCCAGGAACCAUCGCCUCCUUCGCCAGAGCGGACACUCCCUGCCAGGCCGCCUGUCCCCUCGUAUCUCAAUCACGUCGACUCCCCGCAACAGCACAGCUCGAGCCCAACGUUGCCUGCCGCCCCUGAAGUGUCAUCGCUGGCUUUCAGCAAGCCGAACAACCGAUUCCAGGCUGGGUUUCUCUCGAAAAGCCGGCCCUCGUCCCAACAACAGAACCACAACGAUUCAGUCCAUGGCUCGCCAGUCCCACCGACCCUGUCCCUGAGACUGACCAGCUCCCCAAAGCCCCAAAACCAAGACCGCCCCUCGCCGUUGCGCUCCCUGCCCGUGAGCCGAGUGACUAACUCCCUCUCGCCACCGUCCGUCAGUGCCAACGGCAGUCCCAAACCUACUUCUGUUCACAACAACAACAGCAUGAUGCUCUCCCCCCUCCACGAAACCACCUCACCAAACCUCACCCCCAACAACAACGAAAACGAACCCCCCCGCCGCCUCUCCCCCUCCCCCUCCUCCCGUCUCCCCCGCGUCUCCUACGGCUCCGGAGGCUCCGACUCCGAACUCGACCCCCUCAAAAUCCGCUCCGCCCUACACCUCGCCAAACGUCGCAGCGACCGCCUCUCCCUCCACAGCAACACCUCCCUCUCAUCCGCCACCAGUCACCACCACGCCGCUGCAGGACGUAGGGUGUCCUCCAUUGGCUCCAUCUCUGGACUCUCCAGUGCGGCCGGCUAUGCCGCUGGUGGCGGUGCGCACCGGCGCGCAUCGGCGAGUUAUUCCGGUCUUGGCGCUGGCGUCAGUGCCGGGGCGAGUGUCUCCAGUGGGGCUGGGAUCUCGAGACAUAGACGGUUGAGUGCGGAGAGGGGAGGGAAAAGGUCCCCCCCGAGACCGAUUGCUUGUUCGCCGCCUUCGAGAGCGGGUCCUGCUUCUGGGGUAGGCGUGGGAGCGGGUUCGUCACCGUUGUCUUCUGGUUCUGGGUCGAGGUCCGGGGCGGGUAUGAUUGGUGGGGGGAGUGGGAAGGGGGGGUUGACGCAGGGACAGGCGAGGAGGAUGAAUAUCGUUGGGGGGGUUGGUGCUGGGAAUGGUAGUGGGAGUGGGAGUGCUGGAGGGAGUAUGAGAUUGGCUGGGGGUAGUCCUCCGUCUGUUUCUGGAGGAGCGGAGGGGAUGGGUGUUGGUGGUAAGGCUAGGAGGAUUACCAUUAGUGGACUUGCUGGUGGGGGUGUUAUGAGUAACAAUGCAGGUGGCAGUAGUGGUGGAAAUGGGACGGGGACGGGGAGUGUAAAUGGGAAUGGGACGGUGAGACCCCGGCCGAGUGUGGUGUGGAGGUGA